CACCCAACCUCGCCCGCUUGGCAAGAGGCGAGCGGUUCCGCCGGGCCUGUGCGCGAAGGCGACGGCUGGAGCAGGGGAGAGGAAGAGCCGGAAACCGAAGGACGGACCGCGGAAAUCCAACGUUGGAUCGCGACCAUGUCUGGGCUUCCUCUGGCUGUUGGCAAAAUUGCCAGGAGGCUGGACAAACGCAUUUUUUCGGUUCCACGUGCCUCUAAAAGACCGUACUCGGUAACUAAUAGGCUGUGUUGCAAAACUGAGAAGGCCGGUGAAAAGGAGCCACAUUUCAAAGAUUCAGACCUCUCCUCUCCAUUCAGACACAAGGUUACUGAAUGGGAUAAGAAACUGUUGCUGUGGUCAGGCCGUUUCAAGAAAGAAGAAGAUAUACCUCUGCAUGUUUCGGCAAAGAUGAUGAGUGCAUCAAGGAGCAAGAUUCGUGUGAAGGUUGCCUACUUUGCAAUGGCUUUCCUGCUUCUGGGCUUCGUAUCUGCAGUUUUCAUAGGGAAAAAGGAAGGUCGAAAAUAUAAAGCUCUGAAAACUCAAUAUAUGGACGGAAUAGUUGAACGGAUAGAAGAGACUGCUGAAAGUGCUUCUGCCAAGCCAUAAUCAAAAUGAAGAUCUGUUGGUGUACAAAGCUGGUUUUCAUCAUGAAAUGGAAGAGCAACCUGAGAAACCCUUUUUAAAAAAUUUUUUUCCACGUUUCAAAAAAAGAAUAUAUAAUUUAAUGGUAAUUCUAAAACUUUCAUCCGUUCUGAUGGAAGACUCCUUUUCUGACUAAAACAAAAGCACCUUUUGGUUUUGAAAGGCUAAAUCUAUACAUUAGUCUGUUCCUUUAAAUCCUGGAUGCUGAAUAUAUAUAUAUAUAAAAAAGUAACCUGUAAAAUACGCCCUGCUAUAACAAUAAAUGGGUCUAUCCAA